GGACAGACAAUGGGCAGAUGGCACGCACACCUGACUGAGUGGCUUCCUGCCGCAUGGACAUGGCUUCUGCUGCCUACCCAGUUACUCCUAAGGUGGAACUGGGCUUGCCUGGGUCCUGGGAUUGUAGGACAAGGUAAGUAGACUCCACAGAGAACAGAAAAGAGCCAGUCCCCUCACUUCCUGAGCCCUCUUCUUGUCAGCUUGGUAGUUCAUGUCCCCCAAAUACUCAAUGGCUUGGGGCACUGGCCAGAACCUGUCCACACCGGGACCAUUCAUCUUGCUGGGCUUUCCCGGGCCACGGAGCCUGCGUGCUGGACUCUUCCUCCUUUUCCUGGUCAUGUAUCUGCUCACAGUAGCUGGAAAUCUAGCCAUCAUCUCCCUGGUAGGGGCCCACAGAUGCCUGCAGACACCCAUGUACUUCUUCCUCUGCAACCUCUCCUUCCUGGAGAUCUGGUUCACCACAGCCUGUGUGCCCAAGACCCUGGCCACCUUUGCUCCCCCGGGUGGAGCCAUCUCCUUGGCUGGCUGUGCCACGCAGAUGUACUUCGUCUUUUCGCUGGGCUGCACUGAGUACUUCCUGCUGGCUGUGAUGGCUUAUGACCGCUAUUUGGCCAUCUGCCUGCCCCUACGUUAUGGUGGCAUCAUGACACCCGGGCUGGCGACACGAUUGGCCCUUGGAUCCUGGCUGUGUGGCUUUUCUGCCAUCACGGUGCCUGCUGCCCUCAUCGCCCGCCUCUCCUUCUGUGGCUCACGGGUCAUCAACCAUUUUUUCUGUGACAUCGCACCCUGGAUAGUGCUGUCCUGCACCGACACGCAGGUGGUGGAGCUGGUGUCCUUCGGUAUUUCCUUCUGUGUCAUUCUGGGCUCGUGUGGUAUCACGCUGGUCUCCUAUGCCUACAUCAUCACUACCAUCAUCAAGAUUCCCUCUGCUCAGGGUCGGCGCCGUGCCUUCUCCACCUGCUCCUCCCACCUUACAGUGGUCCUGAUUUGGUAUGGCUCCACUAUCUUCUUGCAUGUGAGGACCUCGGUAGAGAGCUCCUUGGACCUCACCAAGGCCAUCACAGUGCUCAACACCAUUGUCACACCAGUGUUGAACCCUUUCAUAUACACCCUGAGGAACAAGGAUGUGAAGGAGGCUCUGCGCAGGACAGUGAAGGGAAAGUAAGCCCCUUCCCACGUGCGUCUCCCCUCAGAGGCUGCUCUGCAGGACUGGCCUCGGCUGCCCUGUGGGCCUGUGCCAGUGUUCAACACUCUUCUCUGUGUGGCUCAGAACAACACCCACCCUAGUUUCUGCUUUCAUGACAUUGUCUUGUAAUGUUUGCUGUCCCUCCUGGUUUUAGGAAGAUUCUGGAAAGGAAACAGGGUGCUGGGUCCCUAGGAGUUCCCUUCCAAGGGAUUAAAUAUUGGAUGCUAUGCACCAGUUCUGGCCAGACCCUCUACUAGGUCUGCAUCUUGGUCCAAUAGGCUCUUUACCACCCUACAAAUGUCACCCAGCCAUACUUGGAUUCUCCAAAAAGGAUAUGCUAGGCUAUCAGGAGUCCAUGAAGACAGAGGUUAACCAUGGUGACAAAGUGAACAAAAACAAAAAUAAAAAACAAAAACUAAGCACAGAUGACUCAGAGGAAGUUGGCAUCGUUCAAGGGCUCUGUGGGAUCACACUAGGGUCUCAGAGCACGUCCACCACACUUCAUACCUUUCUGGGUCUUUAGCUGUUGGAAGUGGAGGUACAGGAAGGGGUCAGAGGGUCAUGGGGCCAUGGACGCCCGAGUAGUUUCAGGUUCUGCUUGGAAU